CUUUGCAGAAGGAGAUUGGAAGGUGACUGUUGUCACUGGGGAUCUUGAAAAUGCGGGCACCACGGCAACAGUAUCCCUUUAUGUUUAUGGAGAAGCAAGAUGUUCAGGUCCAAUUAUUUUAGGCUCUGGGAAACACCAGCUGUUUAACCCAACAGUGCAGAUAUGUUCAAGAUUAAUCUUAAAGAUAUUGGUGAAAUCUAUAAAAUACGUAUUGGACAUGACAACAGUGGAAAGGACCCCAGGUGGUAUCUGGAAGAAAUUCAACUUGAAAACAUAGACACAUGUGAGCUGUUUUGUCUAACUGUUGACUCCUGGAUAGCUGAGAAUGAAAAUGAUGGUGAUACAUGGAAAGAAAUGCCCAUUGUGAGAACUAACAAAGCAUCUUUGCCAGGUUGAUAUUUUUUCCAUUGAGGCAGUGUCCCUUGGAAAAUUGAAGAAAGUUCUGAUUGGUCACGAUGGCACAGGUCCCGGUAAGAUUUGCUUUCUUGGUAAGCAGUUUGUUUUGAAUAUUUAUAAAAAGUCU